GACAGAUUAGCAUCACUUUGCAUUAGUGUUAGCCUCACCCUGUUUCUCUCUUUCUCUUUGUCUGUUCUUUCUCCUGCUUUAGCCGCACUACUUCAGCUACUCUAUGAACUUGUCUGUGCAGUUCUGCAGAUAUUGUUGGCUUUUAUGCAGAGUUUUUGGAUCCUUCUUGUGGCUGCUAUUUGUGCAGAGUCAGUCUCUGCAGUCCACACAUCUCUGUGGCAUUUAACUCACGGCCAUCAGCUCACUCUGAACCUUCCUGAAAGGACAGAGAAGUUGGAGUUUACUUCUGCUGAUGAGACAGAGCAUUCAGUUAUCUGGGAAAAAAAACUGUUUACUCUCUUGAAUAAAGCCACUAAAGGUCAGGUGUUCAGCGCCAAUGAUGGCUGGACCUACAAAAUCAAACAUGUUACCUUUGAUGAUGAAGGAACCUACACCCUGCGCAAUUAUUGGAGUUCAGUUAUCUCCAGCUAUACACUGAAGGUCGACACCAAAAGAGAAAUCAUUAAUCGUGUUGCAGGUGAAACUCUCACUAUACCUUUGGAAGGAAUCAAGCAGAGUGAUGCCGCUCUUCGCUUUUACAACAACUAUACAACUAUCACCUUGGUGAAGAGCGGAGUACCUGUGGGCAAGAACGACCCAGACUACACCAACCGGCUUAAAGUAGGCAGCGAAAAAAUCCAGGUUCUCAAAGUCAAUGUGUCAGAUUUGGGCAGGUACGAACUCACCGAUCACAAAGGCCGUGUCGUCUCAAACACUACGAUGCUACUAGUUGAUCACCACGAGUUCACUUCUUCUAAAGGUCUUUUAGCUCUGCUGCUGCUUGGGGUUCCUACUGGAAUCUGUUUUUGCUGCAGGAAGAGAAUAUGCAAGAGUAAAACACCUAAUUCAACAGUGCAGUCAUACAGCCUUAGCCCCACACCUGAGAUUGUACCUUCCAGCAACACUGUGACCAAUCCUGCAGGUCCUGAAGGUCCUGGGCAGUGCUACCCUCCUGUAUAUCCCACAAUUCCAGACCAAGGUCAGAUUCAUUAUCCUCCUCAACCACAGUGGAAUGGACAACCUGCUGUUCCUCCCAACCCUGGCUUUAAUCCUGAGUAUGUGCCUGUGAAUCCUGUCUAUCCACCUAAUUUUGGACCAGGAGCUCCUCCUGCUCAGCCCCCUCAGUACAAUGUUCCUCCCAGCCAGUACAAUCCAUCUGCACCUGUGGGUUAUACUCCAGUGAUGAACAGCCCUCCUACUGGGCCAGAGUUCAAGAUGAAUGAACCGACUCCUGCUGUGCCACUGCUAAUGUCUGAGUCUGCUACAUCCACCGUUUCCAUGGAUAUCCUCAAAUCCUCUGACUCUGGUGUCCAGUUUAACAUUGACAAAGGAAAGUCUUCCAGCAAUAACUUCCUGUAGUCACUCCAGCUACUUAAGUUAUUACUAUUACCAACUACCUAUAAUACAGUAUAUUACCUGAAUUUAAGACUGUAAGCACACAUGAAUAAACAAAACUCUUACUGGAAUUUUGAUUAGAUUCAUACAAAAUCUAAGUCUUUAAAAAUUACUUAUUUUAGUCCUUUUGUUAUUUGUUUGCUUAUUGUAUUGCAAUUAGAGUCUGAAGACUUAAUGGGGCUUAGACAAGUCUCUCUUUUUUUUUUUUUUCAGGAUUUUAUCUAGUUUUAGAACAAUACUGUGAUAUUUUUGUUUUACAGACUUGUACAGACUAUCUAUCUACUUAAAGAUAAAAGAUUGUAUGCCCAAUCUUUAGGGGUUUAAACAGUUACAUAGUGUGGUCACAGAUCAAAGUACCUUUCAGAUCCCUGUUGCCAUGCAAAAGUGCUUCCAGAGAUUUAAGAAUUGACUGAGAUAAGUGUAAUUCUAUUCUGUACUUCUUAAUGUAAUUAAAGGCUACCUCCAGAUUUUAUGAAGAUUCAGCAGACUGUCCACUCAUAAUCGUAUUUGCAGUCAUGUUUUUCGAAUGUACAAUGAUCACUUUACAUGGAGGAAACAGAGGCAUCAUUUUGGUAGGGGUGUUGGUGAAAUGUCCACAUACUCUUGGCAGUAUAGUCUCUUUUUAGCAUUAUUUUUGGCUACUUUAUUUUUUAACAUACCCUAGUCUUUAACAUACCCAGCAAAAAACUGCCAUGAACAGACCUCUAAAGUCUUGUGUAACUUGUUAAAAUUGAAAUGCAGAAUCUGUAGUUCUUUAGCUGCUUAAACAGCAUCAUAUAAUCCACAGGAAUUAGCUGCAUUGGUGAAAAUAUACAUUAGUUAAUUUUGUGAUUAUCUAUAAAUGUUCAUAUAUUUGCAUGUUACAGUUUAUGCAUGCAAAUGAAUGCAGAUGUGUUAGCCUACUAAUUCAGGGAUUUUGUUCAACUACCACGAACAGCCUGCCUGAAUAUACAUUUGCUAAGGGCACUUCAGUGAUGUUAGGUGACUUUUGAUUGUGUAGUGCAGUAACAAAUGCUGCAAUCAACAGGGCAUUAUACUUGAAUCCUGACUAUGUAUGUGUGCAAAUUUUCAGUUCUAUUUAAAUAGGUAUAAAUAUUUAAAUACAGUGGCAACAUUUUGGCAACAUUUGCGUUUAACCCACAUAUUGAUGCCUCAUUUUACACUUUGGAUUCUUAUCAAACAGAUGUGGAAACAAAAAAAAUACUAAACUGUAGAAUAAAAUAGUAAAAUAUUCAUCCCAUCCACUGUAACACUGUAAUAUCCUUUACCGCAUCAAAGACUUGUCUAAUGCUUAUGUAUUUCUUUGUCAUAAUAAACAUGACUUGAUAUCUUAAUGAAAA